UGAUGAUGAGGAGGAGCGCGGGGAGCAGGAAGCCUGCAGCUGUGGAUCAGACCGCAGUCAUGGAGAGCAUCUUCAGAGGACUGAGCGCCGCUGUCUUCCUCAACACCUGGACACAGCUGAGCCGAGGUGACGGACUCAUGGAGCGCAGGACACUGGAUCAGUUCUUACACUGCUUGAUGAACACACUGAAGAUCCGUGGCGUGUCGCAGCAGCAGCUGCAGGCGCUCAGAGAGACGCUGGUGGGCCGCUGUGACGUCACCGCAGACGGACUCCUGCAGAUGGAGCAGGUGGCGGCUGCGCUUCUGCCCGAGCAGGAGAACUUCCUGCUGCUGUUCCGCCGGGAGACACCGCUGGAGAACAGCGUGGAGUUCAUGAGGAUCUGGCGCUGCUAUGACACAGACAGCAGCGGAUACAUCUCUGCCGCCGAGCUGAAGAGUUUCCUGCGGGAUCUUUUCCAUGAGCACAAUAGACCGGUCACUGCAGCCAAACUGGAGGAGUACACUGAUAUGAUGAUGAAGAUGUUUGACAAGAACCAGGAUGGGCGUCUGGAUCUGAAUGAUUUGGCGAGGAUCCUGGCGCUGAAGGAGAACUUCCUGCUGAAGUUUGAGAUGGAGGCCUGCAGUCACGAGGACCGACUCCGAGACUUCGAGAAGAUCUUCGCUCACUAUGACGUGAGUAAGACUGGUGAUCUGGAGGGCGCGGAGGUGGAUGGUUUUGUCAAAGACAUGAUGGAGCUGGUGAAGCCCGGUCUCAGUGGCUCAGACCUGGACAAGUUCAAGCAGGUUCUGCUGGGUCACUGUGACAUCAACGGAGACGGAAAGAUCCAGAAGAACGAGCUAGCGCUGUGUCUAGGGCUCAAGCUCAGUCCCUGAUGUGUGUGUGUGUGUGUCAGGUGAUCAUUUAUCAGGUGGAUCGGUGAUUAUUAGUCAUUAAAUGUCAAACUCAAUCUCCUCCAUCUGCUCAGUUUUCACAAAUCAAGGCUUGUUCUAAUGCUUCUAGUCCAAUUCAUUAAUAUUUGUGAUCCUGGAGCACGAAACCAGCCAUAAGGG